AUGUUUGCCAGUACGGCUGAAGCCAUGAACAAAGGUUUGGAUUACAGAGAAUCAUUAAGGCAAAGACUUGAAAUAAUGUCGCCGACAGAAAAACAGCUCGAAGAAUUCAUAAAAUUACAUCCGACAACUUUAACACCGGGUAUCGACAAGCUUGUUAAAAUAUUACACGAGAGAAAAGUUGACGUUUACCUCGUUUCCGGUGGUUUUAGAAAAAUAAUUGAACCCAUUAGAAUUAUGUUGGAAAUACCAGAGAAAAAUUUGUAUGCCAAUAGAUUUAUUUUUAAAAAUGGAAAAUACGAAGGUUUCGAUUUAAACGAGCCUACAUCCGGUAAUAGGGGUAAAGCAAAAGUAGCAACUUUAUUAAAAGAAAAAUUUUCUUACAAAAAACUAGUCAUGGUGGGAGAUGGAUGCUUUCAUUGGUAA